UAUCACGCACUCGACAGAGUGGGCACAUUCAGCGAAAGGAUACCGGGGUGAGCGCAGGCAAGCCAGCGUCUUUUUUCAGACUCACUCGCAGCCGCAGCGGUCGCCAUGGCGGACGCGGAACAGGAGCAGCAGCCACCGCAGCCCAAGGAGAAGGAAAAGAAAAAGAGGAAGAGCAGCAGCGUUAAGAGCAACAAGUCUGCGAGUGAAGAGGCUCCUCAAUUAAACGGCGAAGCAGCCCCCGACGUUGCUGUGACUACGAGCGAGGCACCCCAAGAACCUCAGGAAGAGCCAGCGACGGUGGGCGAGGAGAAAAUCGCUGCCCCGCCGGAGAAGCCCGCCGAGCCCACCAGCGGCGAGGAAAUCGCGCCUCAGGAAAACGGAGUCGCGCAGGAUGGGGAGGCGGACGUGGCCGUGCAGGAGGAAGCAGAGAGCGCCGCGGCCGUUGCCGAGAGGAAAAAGUCGUUGAAGAAGAAGGAGAAAUCCGCGGCGAAACAAAAGGCCGAGGAAGAGGCCGCGCUCGCUCAGGAGAACAAGAUGCGGGAGUUUGCCGAGGGCUUCUUUCUGCUGGACUGGAAUAAAGAUGGGCAGAUCGACAAGACCGAUUUGCAGAUGACAUUCGCCUCGCUCGGCUUUCCAAACGUCAGCGACGAGGAGAUACAAGGAAUGCUCAGCGAGGCGUCCUCUCCGCUCGACAUCGACUCGUUUAUCGAACUGAUGGGCAAAAAAGUGGAGACGAUGGAUGCAGAAGAGUUGCUGGUUAAGGCCCUGUCGUGCUGGGAUGAAGACUCUUCAGGUUUCAUUUCGGAAGAGCGUAUCAGACACGAUCUCAUGAAAUGGGGCGACACGUUCACCGAGCAGGAGGUGAACUACGCACUUGAGGACGCGCCUCUCUACGAGGAGCCUGAGGGCUUGAUGAUCAACUACAUCGAAUUUUGCAAAAUAUUGUGUGGAUCCGCAGCCAAGAACUAAUUGUCGAACCAGUUGAUUUAUUGUGAAUAAAAGCAUCAUAUUCGGAUAAAGGU